CCCUUAGGGCUCUCGUUAUAUAUGUUUCCCCGUGACAUUUUCUCGGGGACCAAAACAACUUCAAAGAGAAUCAAGAAUGGAGAAGAAGGGUACUCUCUCGAGAAGUCUAAGAAAAGCGAGAGACACCGUAGGGGAAAUAAUAUUCACGAGCGGAUCAAGACGGUACUCGAGGAGAAGCCACUCGGCCGAUGAAGACGAAGAAGCUCUUAUAUGGGCUGCGAUAGAGAAACUCCCGACGUACGAUCGUCUUCGGACAACGGUCAUGCAAUCCUUCGUGGAAGACGAGAAGCAUUUGAAUUCGAAUCCUAACAAAAUUGUCGACGUUACUAAGCUCGGCGUCGACGUUCGUCAGAAGUUCAUCGAUUCCAUCUUCAAAGUUGCCGAAGAAGACAAUGAGAGGUUCUUGGAGAAGUUCCGAAAACGGAUCGAUCAGGUGGGAAUCAAGCUACCGACAGUGGAAGUGAGAUUCGAGAACCUAACCAUAGAAGCAAACUGUCAAGUUGGAAGCAGAGCACUUCCGACACUCCCAAACGUUGCCCUAAACAUCGCGGAAUCGGCGAUUGGCGCCUUUGGCAUUAACUUAGCCAAAACCACAAAGCUCACCAUCCUCAAAGACGUCUCCGGUAUCAUUAGACCUUCUAGGAUGACACUUUUGUUAGGUCCACCAUCGUCAGGGAAAACAACUCUUCUGUUGGCCCUAGCAGGCAAAUUGGACCCGCGCUUAAAGGUGACAGGGAAAAUAACAUACAACGGACAUGGACUCGAGGAGUUUGUACCGCAGAAGACGUCAGCAUACAUAAGCCAAAACGAUGUUCACGUUGGGGUGAUGACAAUCAAAGAAACUCUUGAUUUCUCCGCUAGGUGCCAAGGGGUCGGCACCCGAUACGGUAGUCAACGUUAA